UACACAUGGGUGAUGUUUAGGAGGUUGAACGGCCGCUGUUUUCACCGAAAAUAAAAAGGGCACACUGGAAACGACAACUCAAGACGGAUAUACGAGAUGGAGAUAAAGAAGUCGGUGGAAUAUGACCGGAUGUAUCACUGGAAACUAGUUUUUAGUUAUUAGAGUCAUGAUUUCUGGCAUCGGGUUUGCAGUCUGGGCUGUAACACUGAUCAAAUUAUUUCGGUAUAAUAGCUAUAUAGUCUGAUUCCACUGGUGGGUGAGUGCGCCUGCGCGCAGAUACUAGCAACAUGCCGCUGUCCGACUUUCUGGAGGGCCUGAAGGACAACCCGUACUUUGGGGCCGGGUUUGGACUGGUUGGCGUCGGGGCAGCGAUGGCGGUGGCCAGGAAGAGUGCCCAGGUGGGAAUGAUCUUCUUCCGCAGGAACUACAUGAUCACUCUGGAGGUGCCCUGCAGGGACAAGAGCUACCACUGGCUGCUGAGCUGGAUCACCAAGCACAGCAAGCACACGCAGCACCUGAGCGUGGAGACCUCCUACCUGGCACACGAGAGUGGGCGGGUGCACACACAGUUUGACUUCCACCCGAGCCCCGGGAACCACAUCAUCUGGUAUGGGAGGAAGUGGAUCAGGGUGGAGAGGACUAGAGAGAAGCAGAUGAUGGAUCUGCACACUGGGACUCCAUGGGAGACGGUGACCUUCACUGCUUUAGGCAGAGACAAACAGAUCUUCUUUAAUAUCCUCCAAGAAGCAAGAGAACUGGCCCUGAAGCAGGAAGAGGGACGGACGGUGAUGUACACGGCCAUGGGCGGCGAUUGGAGGCCCUUUGGGUUUCCACGGCGACGCAGACCACUCAGCUCCGUGGUGCUGGAGGAAGGCUUGACCGAAAAGAUCGUAGACGAUGUGAAGGAUUUCAUUGGGAACCCCAAGUGGUACACAGAGAGAGGCAUACCCUACAGAAGAGGCUAUCUGCUGUACGGCCCCCCAGGGUGCGGGAAAAGCAGCUUUAUCACGGCCCUGGCAGGCGAGCUGGGCUACAGCAUCUGUCUGAUGAGUCUGAGCGACCAGAGCCUCUCGGACGACCGUCUGAACCACCUGCUGAGCGUGGCGCCGCAGCAGAGCAUCAUCCUGCUGGAGGACGUGGACGCCGCCUUCGUCAGCCGAGAUCUGCGCCACGCAGAGAACCCUGUGGCCUACCAGGGAAUGGGGAGACUGACCUUCAGUGGCCUGCUUAAUGCUCUGGAUGGAGUGGCCUCAUCUGAGGCCAGAAUAGUUUUCAUGACCACCAACUUCAUUGACAGGCUGGACCCCGCCCUGAUCCGACCGGGCCGCGUGGACCUGAAGCAGUACAUCGGCAACUGCACGCGCCAGCAGCUCGCGCAGAUGUUCCGCCGCUUCUACCCGGACGAGCCGGCGUCCGACGGCGAGCGGUUUGCGGAGCGCGCCUUGGCCGCCCACUCGGAGGUCAGCGCCGCCCUGGUGCAAGGACACUUUCUGCUGCACAAGAGGGACCCUGCGGGCGCCGUAGACAAUGUCGCGCAGAUGAAGUAGCGACGGGACCGCGGAAGUGUUGGAAGAAGCGUUUGUUUUUUUACGUUUUCCGGUCGAAGUAAUCGACAUCGAGAGACUGUGUAUGCAGUUUAUGAUUGAUACCAAAUAAAUACAUUUCUGUUGA